AAUAUCCGUAUUGAUUGGCUGUGUUUUGGGGAUUAGGGACUCUGUUUGAGUAAGAGCUCAGUGUUCAUGAGUGGGUGGUUGUGUUUAAGUCCAAUUUUUUUAUGUUUCCGAUUUUACUGCGUGGAUUUCUAACAUCCUAGUGGACUUUUUAGGGGGAUUUUUUUCAGCCCAGGUCGACCUGAUACCCAAAACCCGUCAUAAGACCAAGACUCUCAGUCUGACUUCCAUCCAGUGUUAUAAAACAGUCUUUAUCGUCCACAGACCACAAACAAUGAAACUGCUCUGUGUUCUCCUGACAGUCGGACUGGCCGCUGGCUACCGCAGUCCACUGAAUGACUUCCAGCGCUCUGAAGGCAGAGAGCUGGUUCCUACCUCUUGGAACUCGGCUCGGGUGUUGCUGUUCCCGGGCCUGAACCUGGAGGACUGUGCCACACAAUGCUCACAGUCUCUGGACUGCAGAGCGUUCAACUACGAGACGCGUCCGACUGUCACCUGUAAACAUCUGCCCUGGGUGGGUGACGGCAGCAACGCAGAGGUCAAGAGAAACGUAAACUGUGACCUCUAUGAGAAGAAGGUCUAUGUCAGAAAGUGCAUUGUGGGUAAAGGAGAAGACUACAGAGGGAAAGUCUUCACCACAAGAAGUGGGCUCACCUGCCAACAGUGGUGGUCCAAGUUUCCUCAUGACCACAGGUGGACUCCCACAGCUACUAAUGGUCUGGAGCUGAACUACUGCAGGAAUCCGGAUGGGGAUCGCAUCGGUCCGUGGUGCUACACCACUGACCCCGAGCGACGUUAUGAAAGCUGCAACAUCCCCCAGUGCAAAGAUGAGGUUUGUAUCACAUGUAACGGAGAGGACUACAGAGGCCAGGUUGACCACACUGUGAAUGGCAGAGAGUGUCAGAGAUGGGACCAGCAGUACCCUCACCAACACAUCUACCAGCCUGAAAAGUAUCCUGAUAAGAGUCUGGAUGAUAACUACUGCCGUAACCCUGAUGCCUCUCCGGUGCCAUGGUGUUACACCACUGACACUGAGGUGGAGAGAGAGAACUGUGAGAUCAGCAAGUGCACUGAGGUGAGGGUUGAGAAACGGCAGCGCUCCAGCUUUACGACCAACUGUUUCCGCGGCCGCGGGGAGGAUUACCGUGGUAAAGUCAACGAGACCACGUCAGGUAUCCCCUGUCAGCGGUGGGACGCCCAACAGCCUCAUGAGCAUCCCUUCUACCCAAACACAUACGAAUGCAAGGGUUUGGAGGAGAACUACUGUCGUAACCCAGAUGGGUCGGAGGCUCCCUGGUGCUUCACAUCUGUGUCAGAGAUGAGGACUGCUCUUUGCUUACAGAUCAAACGCUGUGCAGACGACAUCGAGGCUGAAGAUUGCUACCAUGAAAAUGGUAAAAACUACCGAGGCAUGGUCCGCAAAACUCGUAAGGGAAUCACCUGCCAGAAAUGGAACGUUAACACACCUCACCGGACCAGGAUAAACCCAAGGACACAUCCUGAGGCCAAUCUGACAGAGAACUACUGUCGUAAUCCAGAUGGGGACCAGCACGGACCCUGGUGCUACACCACUGACCCCAAAACUGAGUUUGACUACUGUGCCAUCAAACAGUGUGCUGGAGAGAAACCACCGAUGACUGAAGCCGUAGAGAAAGUGGAGUUUAGCGAGUGCGGAAAGAGAGAGGACCGCGCCCAGAGGUCGAGGUUGCGUAUCGUGGGCGGGGUUCCCGGAAACUCGCCGUGGACAGUGAGUCUCAGAGACAGGAAAGGAAACCAUUUCUGUGGAGGAUCUCUAGUUAACCCCAGAUGGGUGAUCAGCACCAAGCAGUGUUUCUCCUCCUGCUACGUGGACCUGCCUGGGUACUCGGCCAUGAUGGGAACACUGUUUCGCGAUCCACAAGAAGAAGAGCCUGGCGUGCAGACCAUCCCUCUCACCAAGAUUGUCUGUGGACCCUCAGAGUCUCAGCUGGUCAUGCUACAACUGGAACACCCUGCUCAGUUUAAUGAGCGUGUCUCUCAGAUCUGCCUCCCUCCUGAGCGCUAUAUUGUAGCUGAGGGGACAACCUGUGAGAUCGCAGGAUGGGGUGAGACGAGAGGGACUGGAGAUGAGACUGUCCUCAACGUGGCCCACAUACCGGUUCUUAGUAACAAGGAAUGCAACAAAUACUUCAGAGGUCGUGUUCGUGAGAAUGAGAUGUGCACAAGCUCUUUCCAGGGUGGGGUAGGCGCCUGCGAGAGAGACUACGGCGGCCCUCUGGUGUGUCAGAACAGGGACUGCUGGGUACUCGAGGGAGUGAUCAUUCCCAUGAGGCGCUGCGGACACCCAGGGCAGCCUAACAUCUUCAUCCGUGUGUCCGUCUAUGUGGACUGGAUCAAGAAGGUCAUGGAGAUGGCUUAGACACACAUAACAGCCAUCCAACAAGGACUGAUCAAUUAUUAUUCACUUACCGUAUACAAGUCAGAUGUUGUUUUACAUUAAAAAAAUGUUAAUAAUACAUCAAAGUUUAAUCAGAUUUUAUUGUACAAGUUACAACAUUACUAUAUCAUUAAGAAGACUCAUUCAUGGAGAAAAUGCAAGGACAGCACAGUCAUUUGUUACAGCUUGAAAUUCCUUUUAUAAUUUUAAACAGAAUAAGCAGAAAACAUUUAUAUUCCCAUAACAUGAUCACAUAAGCGGAGAUGAAAAGCAAUGCAGAUAUUUAUCAUAAAAAUGUGUAUAGCAAUCAUAACACAACAUAAUGUAGUUGUAGCAGAUAUAAGGACAUUUGUAAGUGUUAAUUAAUGUUCAGUAUUUGUCAUAUUUUACGUUUUUUUUCAUUCAUUAUCUGUUUAUACACCAGACAAAUACAUAAACACACUUUUAUCUGUUAACAAUUACAUUAUCAUCAUAAACCAUUUAUUAAAAGGUUUAUAUUCUCCUUAUAAAUGCUAAAUAAGGACUUAAAAGUGUUUGGCAAUUUUUGUUAUUUAUUCACCAAAAACUAAAAUGCAGAGAUAAAAAGUAAUUGUAGCCCCUAGGGUUCAGAGGAGAACAACUGGAGCUAAGUAACUUCCAAUAAUAGCAGAGGUGUGGGGGGUUUACGGCACACAUUUUAAGUUCCUAAC